AGGUUCAGAGAGACAGCUGGGAAGAGAGAGAGGGAACAGCAUUGAGAGACAGAGCAGGAAGAAGACAGCCCUGGUGCUAUUUGGAUAGAACAGUGAAGAAUGCAGAUAGGUUAGAGCUUGAGAACACAAACCCAGCAAUGGGUAAAAUAACAAAGGAUAACAUCAGCUAUCCUGGAUAUGAUUAUCUGCUGAUGCUUGGAAGAACAGGAGCUAUCUCUGAGGACAUCAUGCUCUGAAGGCCCCUCAGCAGCAAGGCUGCACACAGCCAAGGCAAGGCAAAGGCAGCAGAACAGAAGCCUAGGGGCGGAGGCUGGGAGACAGAGAGAGAAAAAGAAAGAGAGAGAGAAACAGAGAUAGGAUUCAUUCAAGAUAGAAAAGAUAAAACGACAGCAUGAGAACUUCAAGGAAAGGAAGCGUGGAAAUGCCUGCUUUUGUUCGGCAGCUAGUCAAAGAGACAGAGAAACGGGUAACCUCCUUUUUCAAAGGUGGGCGCGGAGGAGGCGGGGGCGAGCUGGCCGAGGGUGAGGAUGGGGCAGAAGAAGAAGGGGUGAUCCCCAGCCCUUACCUGGAGCGGCCUGUGCUGGACAAGUAUAUGGAGGAGGGCUGUGCCUCGUGGGGCCUCACCUACGCUCUGGCCAGCAUGCAAGGCUGGAGGGCCCACAUGGAGGACUUCCACAACUGCUUUCCUCAGCUAGGUGGGGAGUUGUCCCAUUGGGGUUUCUUUGCCGUUUAUGAUGGCCAUGCUGGGAGCACGGUGGCCCAGCACUGCUCACGAAACCUGCUGGACCACAUUCUGGGCACAGGUAAGAUUCGGGCAGAUGAAGAUGUGGAUCAGGUCAAUGAGGGCAUUAGGGAGGGUUUCUUUCUAAUGGACAAACACCUUCAUUCCAUGGCCUGUCGUGAGGGCUGGGAACGUGGUGGCACCACUGUGGUUUCCACAAUGAUCACCCCACACCACAUCUACUUUGUGAACUGUGGUGACUCACGGGCCAUGUUGUGCCGCAGUGGUCGCGUGGCCUUCUCCACAGAGGACCACAAGCCAUUCAGCCCCGGGGAGAAGGAGCGCAUUGAGAAUGCUGGUGGCUCGGUCACUCUGCAGCGUGUCAACGGCUCACUGGCUGUCUCCCGGGCUCUGGGGGACUUCAGUUACAAGGCAGCAGAGUGGCGGUCAGCCACGGAACAGAUGGUCUCGCCGGAGCCGGAGAUUUCCACUGUGGAGCGCUCCCCGGCUGAUGAAUUCAUUGUGCUGGCCUGUGAUGGAGUGUGGGACACUGUCAGCAAUGAGGAGCUCUGUGCAUUCGUACGCAGCCGACUGCAAGUGUGCACGGAUCUCAGAGAUGUCUGCUCACAGGUCAUCGACCUUUGCCUCUAUAAGGGAAGUCUUGAUAACAUCAGCAUCAUUUUGGUUUGCUUUCCUGGCGCCCCCCAGCUGUCACCUGAGGCACUGCACCAGGAAGCAGAGUUAGAGGACUUACUAGAGUCUAAAGUUGCUGAAAUAUUUGAGGAGUUGAGUGGAAGAGGAGAUGAGCCUGACCUUUUGUCAGUUCUUACUGUGCUGGCUUCAACAGUCAUACCUGGACUACCACCAGGGGGCGGCCUUCAAAGCAAACGAAACUGUAUCAUCUCAGCGUACUAUCAACAAAAAGAGGCCCGGAAAUCUAGAUUAUCCCAGGAACUUGGAUCUGUAGAUUCCACUUAGGAUUCAUCCCCUAAACUCUCAUUAACAUGGAGCCACACUGACAUGCUGUAUCGUUUCUAGAUGGAAAGGUCCCCCACAUGGCAAAAUAAUUUUAAAAAUGUAUUGUCUACAGCAGGUACUAUACUCACACGUUGCUUUUUAUGGAUCUCUGGGUUAUAAGAAGCUCAAAGGAAUAGUCCAAAGUUUUUUUUCUCAACAUAUUUUUUUCCCAUUUUUCAGAGUUUUAAAACUAUUUUGGAGCUCUUUUUGUGAAGAACAUGCUUCUACAGUAAGAUACAGCUUAUUUGGUGGCCUACCUACCCUCUGAUUUUUCUUGUCAUGAUUAAUCUAAUUAUUAUAAGUAAAUAUCAUAUCCAUGUUUAGAAAUAGAGUAAUUUUUUAAAAAGUAAUUUCAAAUUAUUAAAAUAACUUAAAGGUAAAACAUAAAGGUUAUUUAAGAAUGUGUCCCACUUUCUGCAGAUCUGAAUUUAAAAAGCUUCAAUUAGUGAUUGUUUUUCUGUUGUUGUUGUUGUCUUUCUUUUUUGGUGUUUCACUGCAUGUUCCAAAGUAUAAAUUGUGCUGUAAAUUAUACUGUAAAUUCAUUGCAAUUAACAGAAAAAUAACAAUAAUAAUAAUAAUAAUAAUAAUAAUACAGUAAGAGUACUAAAGUUACCUCUCAUAGGAUUGUAAAGAACAUAGAAUGAGACCACUUUUAGUAUUACUGCAACAACACAGUACAUCUUUAACAAAGCUGCUCAUUUUUCCAUGGUACAAAAAUAAUCUAAAACUCGCUAUUUUAUUACUGCACUUAUUUGAAUGUUAUGGGAAGUGAAGUAUCUCUAAGAACACAUAAGAACAUAAUAAGAACAUAAAUGAAGCUAGUACAGCCAAAUAUAGGCUUCCACAGGACCUAAAACAGCUAUCAAGUUAAUAAGUAAAUAAUUAUUCUUUGCUAAAAUCACUGCUAAUUCAUAAUUCAUGACUCACUAGAUGGUUUUAUGCUUAAACAAGACCACUUUAAGCUUGCAAAUGGGUUAAAGUUCUUUGCACAAUGGACGCCUACAGGAGGACUCUUUGAUAACUUUAAUCCAGAAGCAUGUUUUUCACAAUAAAUGAUAAUAAUUAUUGUUAAGAAAAACAGUGGACUAUUCCUUUUAAAGGAGGAACACUUCCCAAGACAGCAAUUACUGUACAUGAAAUAGAUUUCUGACAUUGCUUUCCUCAAACUAUCUGGCAUAUUUGCCGACUUUUUUCCUGACUAAAUGUAUUUGAUGUAAACAGAGCAACACUCAGGUAAUGUGUACAAACUUGUGAGUUUAACAAGCAAUUCUUUUACAGAAGUACUACAAUCAGAAUUUUCUAGCUUAAUUUUCUUGUGCCAGUGUAAAUGAAAGGAAGGUUGUGGAUGCUGUAUGAAUUUGAGGCACAGCCAAAUACAACAGGUUCUGUGCAAGCACGCACUUUGAGAUUUCCAAACAUACAGGAUUGUUUCAGUCCUUCAUGUCUAUUUUCUGUAUUUUUGAUCUGAUGUGUGCAUGAUCUGUAUUGUGCUGCCUUACUGACCUCUUUGAAAUUCUACCAAUAGAUUAACAGUGUUAAUAUCUCCGACAGAUUUCCUAAUGUCUAUUCAAUGAAUUGAGUCAUUAUUGCAUACUGUUAUGUGAAAUGACCUUUGUGCAUAUUUUACACAUCUUGUAUAUUGGCGACAGCUGUGUUAAUUAAAAGUUAAGAGUAAUAAAGUAAUAAAACAGAGCGACUCCAUA